AUGGCUACCUAUUAUACUAGUUCAAAUAAUCAAAGAGAUGCUGCUGCAAUGGUAUAUCUGCCUGGUUCAUAUCCAGAGGCACCAGUUCUUACUGGCAAUAUGAUGAUGUACAUGAAUUCUGGAUCAUACUCGGAUAAUUUGGCUGGGAAUUCUCACCAGCAAAACAACUGUAUUGAAUUUCAGUCUGUGGAGAAUUCUGAUUCAACCCCACAACAACAAGAAAUCCUAUCAAAUCUGAGUGGAUCACGAAUAGGGGAGCAUGAUUUUGGUGCAUGGAGGGAUGGUAGAAAUGAGAUGCUAGGCAUGCAUUCAGUGAGUGGUGCUUCCAGCAUUCUUCAUGGUGCACAGAGCUUGCAGGGCCAGGGUUUAUCUCUCAGUCUUGGCACCCAAAUCCCAUCUGGAAUCCAAAUGCCUUCUAUUCCCUAUAGGAAUACCAAUCCAGGCCUUACUUCGUUCUUGAGUCCUAACUCAUCCAUUACUGGCGAGGGUGGUGGCAGGAAUGGCUCUUCCAGAGAUGAGCAGUCGAGAAAUAUUGAAUAUUUGACACCUGGUUUUUCUGGAGGCAAUCACGAUGUGAAUAAAGGUGAUUUUUCUCCCUAUGGAAUGAAUAGCAUUGCAAGAACAAUUCCCAAUUCCAGGUACCUGAAGGCAGCACAACAACUACUUGAUGAAGUUGUCAAUGUCCGAAAAGCUCUAAAGCAGCCCGAUAAAGAGAAAAACCAGGCCACAAGUGAACAUGGACUGAACAGUGCAAAGGAGGGUGACAGUGGGUCAAAGAAUGGGGCUUCAAACCCUCAAGAAUGCACCAACUCUCCAAUUGAGCUUUCGCAUGCUGAAAGACAAGAAUUGCAGAACAAGUUGACAAAGCUGUUAUCCAUGCUAGACGAGGUUGAUAGACGAUACAAACAGUACUAUCAUCAGAUGCAAAUUGUGGUGUCUUCAUUUGAUGUGAUAGCAGGAUGUGGAGCAGCUAAACCAUACACAGCACUGGCCCUCCAGACUAUUUCACGACACUUUCGGUGCUUGCGGGAUGCAAUAACUGGCCAAAUUCGUGCAACCCGUAAAAGCCUCGGGGAACAAGAAACUUCAGAAAACAGUAAAGGAGUUGGAAUAACACGGCUACGGUAUGUGGACCAGCAACUUAGGCAACAGAGGGCUCUUCAGCAGCUUGGUAUGAUGCAACAACAUGCGUGGAGGCCACAAAGGGGUCUGCCUGAAAGCUCUGUUUCAGUUCUUCGUGCUUGGCUGUUUGAGCAUUUUCUGCAUCCUUAUCCUAAGGAUUCUGAUAAGAUCAUGCUGGCAAGGCAGACAGGCUUGACUAGAAGUCAGGUAUCAAACUGGUUCAUUAAUGCACGAGUGCGUCUCUGGAAGCCCAUGGUUGAAGAGAUGUACAAAGAAGAGCUUGGUGAUGCAGAGAUGGACUCUAAUUCUUCUUCUGAAAAUGCAGCCAAAGCAACGAAAGGUGAUAUGGGAACCUCUGAAGACAGAGGGGAAGAAUUCCAACAAAGUGCUAGUUCCACAGCCACUGAAAGAUGCAGUGCAGGACAAUUGAUGGAUUCCAAACCGGACCAUGUUCCUGAUGUAGAAAUGGCAGGAUCAACUGCAAGAAGCAACUUCCAAAAUGGCACACGUGGUGAGGCUUUUACCGAGUAUGGAUUACUAAAGCUGAGGGAGGACCAAAGGCCUAAUAUGGAUGACUGCAGUCUCUUCUCUGAUGCCAUGGCUCAUUCUGAGGGUGGUGGUGAUAGGUUUAUGGCAGCCGCAGCUGCUGCUUACCAAAUGUCAGAGGUGGGGAGGUUUGGAAAUGGAAGUGGGGUAUCUCUUACGUUAGGGUUGCAGCACUGCGAGGGUGGGAGCCUUCCAAUGUCGGGUACAGCACAUCAUGGUUUUGUUUCCAUGAGGGGGAUGAUGAUAUCUACAAUGCAGCAUCUUCAGUGGGGGGCGGGGCCACAGACUUUGAAAGCUUAA